AUGAUAAGUUCUGUUAUUUUGGAGGGAUCUCCAAAUUACCAAAAUGCCUUCCUGCAAGCGCUUGUAACUUAUUGGGCCAUUAUUAAGGAAGUUUAGCUGAUUUGACAUAAAAUUAACGGAAACCUUCACUGACAGAAGCGAAUUCCCGCUGUUACUGCUGCCUUACCGACGCUAGCUUAGCAGCGUUAAAGUGUUUCUGUGCUGAUCGAUAACGUCUUAAAGAUUCGCGCGAAACGUAAGAUCUUCGCUUCAAAAGAUGAAUGAGUAAGCUUGGCGACAUGGAGAGGAGCAGCCUGCAAUAGAAAACUGCAGUUGUUUCCAUGUUUGUACUACCAUGAUUAACGGGUCUUAUUCUAAUGGGCCCCUGUCUGCCAUUGAUUUCCUUCCUGACGAAGAUGAGGUCCUUUUUGUAUCAACCCCCAGCAGUAGCGCAUCGAACACCCGGCGGAAAACAACAUGGGCGGACGACGGAUCGAGCACGCCUGACCAAAACAGUUCGCCGCGCAGCCCUUCCAGCACAGCUGAUCGCCAUCUUAUGCCCCCGCCGUCCUUCAUUCCGACCCGACCCACCAAGGAAAAAUCUUCACUGGCUAUGAAGCCAGUGAAUUUUGUAUCGAAUUCCGUGCAGGCCGCCACAUUCGGCACAACGCUGCGUCGCAAAGAAGAUGCACAGCGGAAUACGAUUACGUACAAGUAUAAACGGCCCAAUUAUGUCGUCACCGACGUCCCGGAUUUGUGGACGAAUUCGGCGAUGCUGGUGGAAUCGUGCGCUACGAAAAGCCCUGAGAAGCUACGUCCGCCACCGGAAAAGACGGUUAAUGAAAAUAUCAGUAAUCGUAUUCCGAGCGCAUGCGAAGAGGAUUCUGGUGUGAAUCGUGUGAUCCAGUCCGCAGACGAGAAGGACAUUGCCCAUGCUCUGGAUGAGGCGAAGGAAACCGUGCCGGUUUCCACCGGUGCUGGCGUAGCGAGCGGCUGCCUGCUUAAACAAAUUUUUACAACGACUGAACCUACCGAUGGCAUUUCGGCAGCGGUUUUGGAUGUGCUGGACGUUCAGGAUGAUCGUAAAAAUUCUGCCUUGGAUUUAGUUAACCGGAAGAGAAAGCGAGACAAAUCGGUGAAACAGAACAGCGAUAAGAAAGUGGAAAAAGAGCGUAGUCGAUCCAAGAAGCACAGAAAACGAUCUCGUGAUUCGCACAAGAAGUCAAACGAUUCAUCCGGCAGAAACGAAUCGACGAAGAAGAAAAAAGAGAAAAGAUCGAAAUCGGAAAAAAGUGGCAAAAAGAAGAAGGCUAAAGAAACUGGUAACAAUAUCGAAUGUAGUCUGUUGGAACCUGAAGAGGGUGAAAUUCUGGAUGCGACUGAACUGGAAUUUAACAAGAACAAAUUUAGCAGGAAGCAUUCCAGAGACAGUGACGAUCUGCCGUCAAAGCCGCAUGAUGUCGUGAGUCAUCGUGAUUACGAUUGGGAGGUUAAGGAGAACAGAACUAGAAGACGGAGCUCCAGAGAGGAGAAUGAUUUUCCACAUCCGUUUGGGAAUAGUCAUGCCGAAAAUGAUAUGCUUUUUAAGCGACACAGCCUUGAAAGACGAUCCAGCUGUGACCGUUAUUCGUGCCCCUGGCCUGACUGCGAAGAGGAUCAUAAAUGGGAGCAUCGAAAUGAGGAAAGACCACAAGACACGCGACGGUCAUUCCAUUCUCCGGAGGAACGCAGGACCCCAUCUCCGGAUUAUCUGCCGCAUCGGUCGAAAAUUGUCGAUUGGGAGGAUGAAGAGCGCGGUAUGUCCAGCUGGUUCAUGCGCGAACAACGCCAUCGUGAGCAAGUAAUGCGGGUGAAGUCGAACUCGCGCGAACGUAGUUUUCCGCGACAAAACCUUCAUGAAGUUGGGUACCAGUACGCGGGGACGGAACGUGAUUAUCGAAGGGAACAUUCUCAUGAUCGGUCAUCGGUGGCUUCGGAUAAUCAUUCGCGAAGUUCCAGAUCGCCUCCCCGGAGUCGUUCGAAAUCCACCAGCAGCACCAGACAAGAAGAGAAGCGUUCUACGGAAAAGCCGAAGAGGACUCCGGUUUCCUUUGCCAUUAAAAAAGCCGCUCCUGCACCUGCUCCUAAAGAAUCUACUGACAGUGAAGGAGCCAUGAAAGACAUUUUGGAUCUGUUGGAAAAGCACCUUCUGAAGACAGGCGGGAAGGAAAACGGGGAAGUGUCCUCGGAAUCAGAUUGUUCGGACACGGAAAGUGUUGUUUCUAUCUCCAAAAUGUCAGUCUUCGGUGAUAAGGAGAAAAAGUCCCACCGGAAGCGGAAGUCGUCUUUGAACACACCGCGACGAAAAUCCGUGGAACGGGAUAGCCAGCGUCAGCGCCGACGUUCGUUGUCGCCAUUAAGUGUUAUGACCCGCACCCGGCAACCCCGCCGUCGCAGUGUGUCACCCGCCCGGCGUCGCAGCCCGGCGCCGUUGAGUCGCCGGCAAAGGGCUUCUUCCUUUGACACCAUCGCCAGCAGUCAGAUCGACUGCGAGAAGCUAAGGGAAGCGGCCAUCAAGAAUGCCAUUGAGUUACGUCGGAUGGGAAAGAUUCCACCAGAAUACACAAUGUCGGCAGAAGAACGCGCACUGUGGCGAUCAGGAGGAAAAUCCCUAGAGGAUCUUACCGCGUUUUGCAAGCGGAUGGCUCAACGAAGUAGAGAAGGAGACAGAGAAAGUAGUGUGGCAUCGGAAUUGCCAGUUUAUAAUCAUCCUUAUCACGUCAAAGACCGUCCUCUUCUGACUGAGAUCAUUAUGCACAUUAACAACGCCAAAGCCGUGCCAGUGAAAACGCAACAAGAACGGAUUGCGUUGAACUUGCCGCUGCGGGAACUAUAUCCUGUCUCCACGGGCUCGAAUCAUCGCGAGAUGACUUGGCAGCCGGUGAUCUCUCAUGAACGGGAAGAACGGUAUGCUGAGAAUCCUGUGCCGAAAAAGAAGCCAACGAAAGAGAAGGAAAAACCUGCCUUAACACUGGAAGAUCAACUGAAGGCUCAGCCACCGCCUCCGGACUACCGAAUUCCGAUUAGUUUUGCGGAUAAGCUGCGCUUGUUGAAGUUCCAGCGAGAACUGGCGAAAAAUCCCGAUAAUCCGUACAUUUUGAAUCAGAUGCAGGAGACGCAACAGCAAAUGCUGGAGUGGGCUAAUCAGUUCACUUACACAGGAAAUCCUGGUGAAUUUACGGGAGAGACUGCUGGAUAUAACACUGCGUCGGCGCACUCUAGCGGAAAACAGGCAUGGGCACGAAAGGAUCAGUUGAUGAAUUUGAAGCCCGUUGGAGGAAAAGGACAGUAUUUACUGCAGAAGAUGGGUUGGAUUGCGGGGCAGAGUCUGGGCGUCCGCCAGCAUGGAACCCUGGAGCCGUUGAAAAUGACCAUUAAAAUGGAUAAACGCGGAUUGAUUGCACAGGAAGAAAUACGAGGGAAGCAGCCUACGUCCUUUCGUGGCGUGAAGACAGUCAGCUUUCCGGGAUACGAGAAUCAGCAUCCGUGUUCGGCACUGAACGAGGUGUGUACAAAAAAUGGUUGGGGGACGCCAUCAUUCAUACUGGUGGAAGAAGGGGGUCAACCGCAUCGAAAAACGUUCCUUUUUCAAGUGAUUAUCAACGGUGUCGAAUAUCGGCCGACAGUUCCAGGGUGCAGUAAAAAGAUCGCCAAGGCGGAAGCGGCUAAAUAUUGUUUGCAAGCUAUUGGCGUUGAGUUGAAAACAAAUCCCUAAUUGACUCUUACGCUUAUUCUCUUCCUCGAACUGAGUGAUUUUUGUUGGCGGUUGUGAAUAAUUUACGGGAAUGCUAAUUUGCUAACAUGUUACAUGAGUAAAAUUCAGUAAG